UGCGGAUUUUUUUUUUGUGGGUCCUUGGCCUUGUUGAACUCCAAAUAUCAUUGGAUUGAGUCUUUCUCCUUUUGGCGGUCAUGUCGUCGUCUACCAAUUAUCACAUCCCGGCCAUUGCUGCCGUGGCAGGCAUAGCUCUUGCUGCUUCUGGUUAUGUCAUGUCCACCAGUAGCAGUGAUUCAAAGAAAAGACGAAGACGUAUCAAGACAAAGAUUAUGAGAGAACACGACGGCAACUACAUUUUGGGACUCAAGAAUACCGGCAAUUCGUGUUUUAUCAAUUCAGUGUUGCAAGCAUUUGCAACAUUAACCAGUUUACGAUCCUAUUUGGCUGAGCGUGUCGAUGAACAAGGGGAUGAUUCCGGUUUCGCAGCAGUUCCACCGGACGAGUUCAUACUGCAAUCGGUUGCUUGCGCUUUAUAUGCAACCAUUGAAAUGUUGAACCGUCCCUUAAUGAAACCACGAUCUAUUACACCAGAUGAUGUCGUGCAUGCUUUACAACGCAAGACCAAUGCUAUUAUCAGCCGGGAUCAACAGGACGCGCACGAGCUUUUUCAAAUCAUAUCAAGCGCCUUGACGAGCGAAGAAGAACAACAGUAUCGCAACGCUCCCCAUUCGAUUUUGGAUGCCAAUAUGCUACGAAAUUUGGUGACGGAACCUCAUAAUGGGUCUUCGGCUGCCAACUUGGACAAUUUCGAAACGGCGUCCAUGUCUUCCAUCGGUACCAUUGGGUCAAUGUGGAGCUCGUUCUCUGUGUCUACAACCGGGGCCAAUUUACAUCAUCGUCCUCGUCGACCGCGAAACCCAUUCACCGGUUUGGCGGCAUCCAAAAUCAGUUGCACGAAAUGCGGAUACACUGCACCUAUCCGACAUCAUACAUUCGAUAACAUCUCGCUUAUUUUACCAUUGCUGCUUAGUUGCACGCUGGAGGAUUGUUUAAGCAACUAUACAAAAGUGGAUGUGUUGACCGACUACCAGUGCCGAAAAUGCAGCCUUGUGGCGACUUUGAACAAACUCGUCCAACAACUGAACGGACUUAAAUCGUCCGGACGAGACAAGGAUGAUGCAGCUCGAAAAAGCCUGGAAACAGACAUUUAUCGUCUGCAAGAUGCAAUACGCUUUAAUAUUGAAGCUUCUCUGCCGGGUGUGUCCUUAAUUAACCCCGAUACCAACCCUCGGACGACAAAGCAAACGAUGUUUGCCAACCCACCGAAAUCGUUGUGUCUUCAUUUAUCGCGCUCGAUUUAUCAUCCUUCGGGAUAUGUACAAAAAAAUACAUGCAACAUUCGAUUUCCGGAGUACCUUGACAUCGCACCGUAUACAACCAACGGUUUUCUCAAUACCAAUGAUCCCAAAGCUGCAAUGAACUCCCCUCCACCUUCCAACAUUAUACCACAAACGCGCACGAGCCGCACCAGUCUGGUGUAUCUUCGAAAUAUGGCAGGGGGUCAUCGAUUUGUGCACGGACGCGAUGGUCUGAAUGUUGCCCUAAUGAACAAAGAAGAAGAUCACCAACCGAUCCAAAACGCCUUGCCUUCUCUUAUCACCCAAGUAUCCCGACCGGUCAUGUACCGACUGAAUGCCGUAAUUGUGCAUUACGGGAGCCACGAAUCGGGCCAUUUUGUUACGUAUAGACGCAAAAAGUUACCCACCGGUCAUGAAGUCCGAGAUCCUCUAGACAAUGGUCUCAAGAAGAAAGAACGAAGCAAAUUUUGGCGAUGCAGUGACGAAAUCAUAGAUGAAGUAGACAUUGAGGACGUCUUGAAAAGCGAAGCAUAUAUGUUGUUUUACGAACGCGAAACUUAAAAACGAAUAAAUAACACCACACAUCCACCUUUUUUUACAUUAACUCCUGCAUCCGUUGAAGUCAUCCACUGUACAAGUUAUACAAUAAAGGGAGGUGAUAC